AUGACAGAUACAAAAGAUCACAUCGCCGUUCAGGCGACUGCAACUACUUCCAGCUCCAAUUUGGCUUCAACCCCCUCGCUCGCAAAAGAUGCAGCGGAAACAGUUGUUCACAGUUCGCCGGCCGAUGAAGAGGCGCUGGCGCCAGCUGAUCAAGUUGAAGCGGAAAAGAAGGGAUUUUUCGCCUAUUUCAUGACGAAGGAGUUCUAUAUUGUGUUGAUUUUGGGUCAAGCUCUUGCUAUUAUGAAUACUUCCACUAGCACUUUUACGACUCUGCUCACCGAGGAAAACUGGUCUAUUCCUACUUUUCAGACGAUUCUGAACUACUUGGUUCUCACUUGCAUCUUUACCCCGUACACAAUCUACAAAUAUGGUUUCAAGGGCUGGUUCCGCUUAUGCUGGCGUGAUGGUUGGAAAUACAUCAUUCUCGCCUUCUGUGACGUCGAAGGAAACUACUUCAUCGUCCUAGCAUACGACUACACAACAAUGCUAAGCGCCCAACUAAUCAACUUCUGGGCCAUAGUAGUCGUUGUCGUGAUCUCAUUCUUAUUCCUAAAAGUCCGCUACCAUAUCACCCAAAUAGCAGGAAUUGUAAUCUGCAUCGGAGGCAUGGGCGUCCUUAUCGCCUCGGACCAUAUAACAGGCACAAACGGCGGGGACGUCAGCAGCGGAAACCAACUAAAAGGCGACCUAUUCGCACUCCUCGGCGCCUCGUUCUACGGUCUAACAAACACAGCCGAAGAAUACUUUGUCUCAAAACGUCCUGUUUACGAAGUUCUUGGUCAACUCUCUUUCUACGGAUUCAUCAUCGACGGUGUUCAGAGUGCUAUCUUUGAACGAAGCAAGUAUAAUGAUGUUACCUGGGAUGGGAAGGUAGGUGGAUAUUUGGUUGGAUUUACGCUUUGUUUGAGCAUGUUUUAUUGUCUUGCGCCUGUUAUGUUCCGGUUGAGUUCUGCUGCAUUCUUUAAUAUUUCUAUGCUUACGAUGAACUUCUGGGGCGUUUGUAUUGGGAUUAAGGUGUUCCAUUAUCACAUUCAUUGGAUGUAUCCGAUUGCUUUUGUGCUUAUUAUUGUUGGGCAGUUGAUUUAUUAUCUUGGCCGGAGGGCUUUGGCUGAGGCCAAGAAGCCUUGGUUGGGUGAUAAUCAGGAGGGAGGAAUUGCAGGGUGGUUUACUGCUAAGCAGAAGAUUCAGCAUGAUGUUCCUGGUGCGGUGCUUGAGGAGCAUGGAAAUCAUACUGAUGCUGAUCAGCACCGUGGUUCGACUUCUUCUGCUGUGCAUGUCGGCGAAGCACAGACAACUACUACUGUCACGGCUUGA